CCCAAAGCUUUUGGGUUAGGGUUAGGGUUAGAUAUAUAUCCAGGGAAAGUGCGAACUAAUGCGCACAGUAGUCUAACAUAUAUCAGGUAGUGUAUACGUUCAUUCUUUGGGUGUGUUUUUUGUUUGGUUUAUGCGAUAUGCUCAAUAAUGUCAAAUCGCAUAUCGUUUAAACAACAAUUACGAUAUUAUCCUAGACAAUAUAAAUCUCACACCCCUCAUUACAAGUACAACAUUUUUUAAUUCUUAAAUGUAAAGUUCUGAUUCAAAACAUUUAUUUGGUUGUUUUGAUUCAGAUCUCUUUAUUAUUUUAUUUUUUUUAAGUGACUUGACAAAAUGAGACGCUUCCUAAGGCCACGGAAAAGGUGGGCAGUCACUGUUGCACCUUAUUAGUGUGCUGUACAUUUCCCUCAAAAACACAAAGAGAGAGCCUCUGCACUGGCAGUUCAGCUCUUCUAGGUCUUUCUUCAGUAGAAAACAUUGUCCAUUAACUGUGCUUUUCAGUUGAACCAAGUGUGUCUGGUGGCACUUAGCCAGUCUCAAAGUUUUGCAGGUGGCGUUUCAUACUGCAGAACCAGAGGCCCUUGUGUUGUCCUCUGGUGCAGUCAAUUCACACACUGCCACAGUGAGAAAUCUUGGCAGCAUGAAUAAACUGCUUUUGUCUAUGCCUUUACCUCCAUGCAGACCAAUUCAGGCUGAUAUCAAAGCUAAUGUUUUUUGUUUUUGAAUACUUAAUGCUGGAAUUUGUACUGUGAUUCCUACAUCUGCAUGACAAGUAGAUAUUUGUUUGGACUUCAACCAUUUACAUUGACACUUUUUGCCACUCCUUUUCCCUCAGACUCAUAAUGAACAAGAGGAAAAUGCUACACUGAGAGAAGGAAAAAUGUAUGCAAGACUCCAUUUUGCACAAAUUUUGCAAGUUAUUCACUUUUGUUCUCUGUCUGCAAAAUGUCUUCUAUAGUCUGUAUAAACUUUUAGCCUUCAGUUUUAUCCACUUUUCAACUGUGAAUUUAAAAUCUAAGACUCAGAAUGUAUCAAGUAGUCCCAGGAGGCGCAGGAGGAACAAUUACUGAUGGCAUGCCCAUCAAGAAGAUGGACAAGAACAGUCGCCCUCUUGUGGGGGCUGGAGUUAUUGGUGUGAUUCUGGUGAUUGCAGCAGUGACUGCAUGGUGCUAUUAUAUUGCCUCGCUACGUAAAGCUGACCUACUGAAGACAGAAUUGCUUGAUCUGAAUAAGGAUGGCUUUCUCAUCCGUAACCAGGCUGGGGGAAUUGUCCUGAAGAUGGGCUUCAGAUCUGGCACGCUUGAUCUAGACUCCUGCUCGAAGGAGGGAGUGAUCCUUCGCUGCUCACGUUCAUUUGCUGGCAAGGUGAACUUCUUCAUUAUGACCGUAAAGCCAAAGGAAACGGUGAUGUGUUACCGUGUACGUUGGGAAGAAUUGGAGUCAGACCGACCUGUGGAGCACGCCAUGUCCUACAAUGAAUCGCACUGGUAUGGUGGUGCUGAGACUGCUGUUCAGCAUUGGCCUAUUGCCAUUUCGGGCCAGCAGGCACCCAAACCUUUUGUCACCAGUGACGUGUACACCAAUCGCCAUGACUUUGGUGGCAUCCUCGAGCGCUACUGGCUUUCGUCAAAUGCGACGGCCAUUAAGAUCAAUGACUCUGUGCCCUUCCACCUGGGCUGGAAUGAUACAGAGAAAACCAUGUACUUCCAGGCACGAUAUCAGGACAGUCCAUACAAACCUUCACCUGGAAGGCCUCCCUAUGCUGAGCUUAGUUACAGAGUCUGCGUGGGCCCAGAUGUGACCUCUAUCCACAAGGUCAUGGUUCGUCGAUACUUCCCUAAACCCAACAAAGUGCCUGCCAAAGAAAUGUUCUGGCACCCAAUAUGGUCCACCUGGGCUUUACAUAAGACUGACAUCAACCAGGAAAAGCUUUUAACUUAUGCAGAGAAUAUACGCAAACAUGGUUUUAACUGUAGCCACUUAGAACUUGAUGAUCGUUACACCAGUCAGUACGGGGAAUUUGAGUUUGACACACAGAAGUUCCCAAAUGCUUCUGCCAUGUUUCAAAAGCUCAAGGCAGAUGGCUUCCUGGUAUCCCUUUGGACACAUCCCUUUGUGAAUUAUGAUUCUACCAAUUUUGGGCCAUGUGUACAGAAAGGGCUGUUCGUGAUGGAGCCUACAGGUCAACUUCCUGCCUUGGUUAAGUGGUGGAAUGGCAUUGGUGGAAUCCUCGAUUUUACCAAUUCAGAAGCUCGCAACUGGUUCAUGUCUCAGCUUCGCUCUUUACGCCACAAAUAUGGUGUUUCUUCCUUCAAGUUUGAUGCAGGCGAGACCAACUACUUGCCCUGGCAGUUUAGAACUCGAGUCCACCUCCCGGACCCAAGCACCUUCACUCGCCGCUACACCGAAAUGGCCAUUCCUUUCAACGAACGUGCUGAACUUCGGUCUGGCUACAGCUCUCAGAAUAUCUCCUGUUUUUUCCGUCCAAUCGACCGGGACUCUGUGUGGGGCUAUGAACUUGGCCUGAAGUCCCUGAUUCCAACAGUCCUCACCAUCAGUAUCCUGGGCUACCAGUUCAUCUUGCCAGACAUGAUUGGAGGCAAUGCCUAUCCAAACCGUACUGAUGGAAACGGCAAGCUGCCAGACCGUGAGCUCUAUAUUCGGUGGCUGGAGCUGUCUGCUUUCAUGCCUUCCAUGCAGUUCUCCAUUCCUCCAUGGGAGUACGAUGAUGAGGUGGUGGCUAUUGCUCAGCGGUUCACUGAACUACAUGAGACACUAGUGGCUCCCAGGGUCAUAGAACUGGCUGGAGAAGUAUUGGACACUGGGGACCCCAUAAUUCGGCCAUUAUGGUGGAUCGCCACCAGUGAUGAAACUGCUUAUAGAGUUGACUCGCAGUUUUUGAUAGGAGAUGACUUGAUGGUGGCACCUGUACUGGAGCCGGGCAAGCAAGAAAGGGAUAUCUAUCUACCAGCCGGACGCUGGAAAAGUUACAAAGGAGAACGAUUUGACAACAAAGAGCCAAUACAUCUAACAGAUUAUCCAGUUGAUCUUGAUGAAAUUGCUUACUUUGAAUGGGUUCAGUGAGACUUAUGGGAAGCAUCUGGAGUUUUGAGCAUGUUUUUUGUGAAGUUAAUUCAUUUUUUUUUCAGGGAAUUUAGUUAUUCAUCCAGGGUUUAAAUUUAACAAAAUCAGGACUAGUCAAGAAAUAAGCUUCCGGUUGCAUAUUUUGACAUUCUUCAUCAGCUUGGCUGUGCUGUUUUGUGCCAUUAUAACAGUUAAACAUGCAUUAGAUAUCUGAAACUAAUGUCUUAAUCCGUGCCUUGCAUUUAAACAGUGAAUGUUUUGAGAUACCGGCCCACAACUUUGACACAGUUAAGCUUUUACAUAUGCUUCUUGCCAAAUUAACUAACUUUAAGGAUGUAUUAAUGGCCUGUGACAGGUAAUUUUGCACAAUGUAUCCGUGAUGUUCUCUCAUCUGCAUUUUUAAAAAGGGAAAUUUAGUAUUGCACCCGUAUUGCACAUAAGCCUUCCUCUUACAAGGCAUAUGUUAUUAAUUACUUUCAGAAUUUCGCCUCAACUUGAUUUUUCUGAAAUGUACAAUUUUGCUAAUAUAUUUAAAACAUUAAUGUAUGGCUUUUUAACCUGCAAGCAAUAACAAUGCUGCAUCCCCUAUAUAGAUAUAUAUAUUUUUUUUUCCAAGAUUCAAGUAGCUUUAUUGGCAUGGUAAAAAAGUAUCUUUACAUUGCCAAAGCAUCUGAGAACUACAGUAAACUUAGGCUGUGCAUGCAGCACAUUUGAGCAUAAUCUACCCUACUCUUAUCUAGUAAGCACCAAUACUUGAAAUAAUCACAUUAGAAGUUUGUAUGAGUAAUUUUGCAUUGGAAAUGACCAGCAGUCUUUUUUACUCUACUUGAUCAACUGUCGUCAUGUAGUGCCAAAUACAUCACCAACAGGCUUUGUUCAUGCAUUACUGCCACAUUCACAAAAACAUUUCCUGCCACAUAAAAUACUGUUGUUUUUCUUUUCAUGUUAAGUUGAUGUGUGCUGCUCAUCUUGUUUUGAAUAUUGUGCUGUGCUGCCUAAUUUUUGUGUUUUGCAAUAAGGACACAACAAUUAAUGCCGAGUCAGUUAAUCUUGAUCAGAUCAUAUUUUUGCUCCACAAGGGUCACCUUUGUGUUUGUUGUGUUUGUUUAACACUUUUCCAGCACGCUGACAAUCGACUCACACUGCAAGCUUUCUCUAAUCUACGACCUUCAAGCUUAUUUUUAGCUCUUCCCACACAACUGUGAAAGCACACUCAUCCACUCUGGUGGAACAAUAAAUCUGUCAAGCAAUGUGUCUGCUCUAAAAGUAGCUACAGAGUGUGUAGACACAUGGCAGCUGCCUUUUCAGUACCUCAAAUAACCGUUUAGUGUGUUGCUUCCUGGUAUUUUAAUAACUUGAGAAGAGGUGUUUGGGGUAAUUUUUUUCGCUGUGACUGUGCUUAUGGAUUUUACCCUGAGGAGAUCUUGUUAAUAGGCCCCUGACAGUGUGGGCCCCUGGUUGACCCAAACAGACUGUAUACUGCUGAUGUUCCAGAAAUUCACUAGAGCAAAGCCACUGUCAGCUUUCCACAGACUGGAAAUUCAUGUUUUUUUUUUUUUUUUCAUAAAGACUUACAUUGUGAGAACAUACAAAUUCCCAGAAGCAAAAAUGCUUUGUUUGUACAUCUCUUAGACUUUGUAUGUGUGUGUGGCUUUUAAAAAUGUCUAAAAAUAUGCAAAAUGUCUCAGACUAAUACAUUUCUGUUUUUAUUUUAAAACAAAUAGAAGUGAAUGAAAAGUAUUUAUUUGAUUUGUGCAUAAAACUGUGCAUUUUGCUUUGCAUUUCACAUGUCCUCAUAAAGCAAAUGCUGAGUUUGACAAGCUCCCCUGAAAAUUUUAUAGUUCUCCAGAGUGUCACAGGAGGGCAGUGUUCACCUGCUUUUAUAGUCCUCAACUUAAAGCGUGUGAAGUGUGUCGGCAUGGCACAAGAAGAUCCUGUACUUUGUUAUUUCAGUAUUUUUCUCUUACUGAAUAUAAUUAGCCUGAUAUUGAAGUAAAAUGGUACCAUUAAACUUUUGACCUCUCUCAAGA